CGGGCGGGCGAGCGAGCGAGCGGAGGGUGCGAGUUGGUGGCUGCGUUUCGCGGGAUAGCGAGGGAGCUGUGGAGCAGAGCGGGAGCCGCUUUAUGAUCUUUGGGCAAGACAGAGACUUGAGGCGGACCUCGCCUGGCGGCGGGAACUGACUUGUUACCCGCUGACGAACAGACAGCAGCUCACCCGGGAGCGUUCCCGCGUCCUCGAGCCACUCGCAGGAUGCCGUUGGCACAGUUAGCCGGACCCUGGCCCAAAGUGGACGUGGUUCACCUGGAGACUGAGAAUGGGCAUGGAGUGUCAGAGGAAACGGCAGAUAUUCCAUCGCAGGAAAAGUCAGAAAUCACAUGGAUAGAAAAGGACUUUGCCUCUUUAAGUUGCAAGGAUGAAGAAAAUGUGAAAGAGAUCAACAUAACAAAUCAUGUUAAAGAAGGAUCAGAGAAAGCAGAUACAUCCCACUUUGAGCUGCUGAAGGUACUAGGCCAGGGAUCCUUUGGAAAGGUGUUUCUUGUCAGAAAGAUCAAAAUGCCAGAUGCAGGUCAGCUGUAUGCCAUGAAGGUAUUGAAGAAAGCAACACUAAAAGUGCGAGAUCGAGUGCGGACAAAAUUAGAGCGAGAUAUCUUGGUGGAUGUUAAUCACCCAUUCAUUGUGAAGCUGCAUUAUGCUUUUCAAACAGAAGGCAAGCUUUACCUCAUCCUGGACUUUCUCAGAGGAGGUGAUCUAUUUACCCGGCUUUCUAAAGAGGUGAUGUUCACAGAAGAAGAUGUUAAGAUAUAUCUGGCAGAAUUGGCUUUAGCCUUGGACCACCUUCACGGUCUUGGAAUUAUCUACCGAGACCUCAAACCAGAAAAUAUUCUACUGGAUGAAGAAGGACAUAUUAAGCUAACGGACUUUGGCCUGAGUAAGGAAGCUGUUGAACAUGAGAAGAAGGCGUAUUCGUUUUGUGGAACUGUUGAGUACAUGGCUCCUGAAGUGGUUAACCGGCGUGGCCAUACACACAGUGCUGACUGGUGGUCCUAUGGUGUUUUAAUGUUUGAAAUGCUUACUGGUUCCCUGCCCUUCCAAGGAAAAGACAGAAAGGAAACAAUGACACUCAUUCUGAAAGCGAAAUUGGGGAUGCCUCAGUUCCUGAGUUCUGAAGCCCAAAGUUUGCUGCGGGCACUUUUCAAGAGAAAUCCUGCCAACAGAUUAGGAGCUGGCGUGGAUGGUGUUGAAGAACUCAAACGACAGACCUUCUUUGCAAAUAUAGAUUGGAAUAAACUCUACCGAAGGGAACUGAAGCCGCCAUUCAGACCUGCUGUGGCCAGGCCAGAUGAUACCUUUUAUUUUGAUCCUGAGUUUACGGAACGAACGCCCAAAGAUUCUCCUGGUGUUCCUCCAAGUGCCAGUGCCCACAAGUUAUUCCGAGGCUUUAGUUUUGUGGCAACGGGAGUGGAAGAGGAAGAAGUAAAGAGUGUCAAUUCAAAUGUGGUCAUUCACCCGGUGUUGCAGCAACUACAUGGAAACAACAUGAAUUUUACUGAUGGUUACGAGCUGAAGGAGGAUAUUGGUGCAGGUUCAUACUCUGUCUGUAAACGUUGCAUUCACAAGACCACAAAUAUGGAGUAUGCUGUCAAGAUUAUUGAGAAGAGCAAGAGAGAUCCUUCAGAGGAAGUUGAAAUUCUGCUGCGGUAUGGACAACACCCAAACAUCAUUACACUGAAAGAUGUCUACAAUGACAAUAAGCACAUCUACCUCGUGACAGAGUUGAUGAGAGGAGGGGAACUGUUGGAUAAAAUAAUGCAGGAGAAAGGCUUUUCUGAGAGGGAGGCGAAUGCACUUCUUCACACUAUUGCCAAGACGGUGGAAUACCUGCAUUCCCAGGGGGUGGUUCACAGAGACCUGAAGCCAAGUAAUAUCCUGUAUGUAGAUGAUUCAGGUAAUCCUGAAUCUAUUCGAAUCUGUGAUUUUGGUUUUGCUAAGCAGCUGAGGGCUGACAAUGGUCUACUCAUGACUCCAUGCUACACGGCCAACUUUGUGGCCCCAGAGGUUCUCAAACGCCAAGGAUACGAUGAAGGUUGUGAUAUUUGGAGUCUGGGCAUUUUACUAUAUACCAUGUUGGCUGGGUUUACCCCAUUUGCUAAUGGCCCAGAUGACACACCAAAUGAGAUCCUGGCUAGGAUUGGAGGUGGCCACUACAGUUUGCAGGGUGGAAACUGGGACAAAGCUUCUUCUGCUGCAAAGGACCUUGUAUCCAAGAUGUUGCAUGUUGAUCCACACCGACGCCUGACAGCAAAACAGGUCCUGAAGCAUCCAUGGAUUGUGAACCGAGAUCAGCUGCCACAGAGCCAGCUUGCCCGACACGAUGUCAAGCUUGUUAAAGGUGCCAUGGCUGCCACAUUCUCAGCUUUGAGCAGCUCUCCGCCAGCACCAAAACUGGAAUCUGUGAAGGCAUCAACUUUAGCUCAACGCAGAGAACUUAAAAAACUGCCAUCCACAUCACUGUAACUCAGUAUCAGCACCUACAGCUCACCACAAACUAGAGCACUUCUGGGAAAGCUAAAUUCCAGGCACAGUCAUAGAGAGCGGUCCCCUCGAAGACAAAGAGCUUGGAGCUUUGCGAAUCCUUGGGACAAUUUUGGAGAUCGUGAGAGACAAAGGAAUGAAGCCAAGAGACUCUGCCUGCCAUCAUGUGAAGAAUUUUACAACUUUGAUGCAGAGUCUUAAAUAUCUCGCAGCAGUUUUUGCUGAACACCAUCACGAGCUGUCAGGAGGUUUUUACAGAGCCCUCCAUAAUGUUUGGGACAAAGACCCAUCAUUCACUUAUUUGCCUCUGUACUUCACAAUCUAAGAUUUGUAAUAGAAAAAAAUCACAUGUGGUUAAAGUGCACAUUGUCAAAUUUUAAU